AUGUGGCUUCUUUGGCUCUUUCUGCUCGUCACGGCGGUUAAAGCUGAUGCCGAGAAAGAGGAGUUGCUCUUUGGGGUUAUGACCCUCUGGGUGGUGACGCUCGUCUCGGGGCUCCUCGUCGCGCUGCUCGUCGCCUGCGGGGUGGCCUGCUAUUUCGAUCUGAAGAACCGGCGGCUCGUCUUCAACCAGGGCAUUGCCCACUUCUUCCCUCCGCACACCAUCCAGAAUCGGACUCACAAAAGUGCGGCCGACGGCUCGGAGAGCGAGAUCUCAGAGCGCUCCAGUUUGCUCGGUGAUGCCCAGCUGCAGCGACAGGCCGAGGCGCGGUGCGCGGCCAAGCGCGAAGCCUUUCGAAAAGCCAUCGCCGAAGCUUACAGCAGCUCGGGACGCCCGUUGCCGAAAAGCCUGACGCUCACCGACUCUCGGCCCAACACGGAAGAGGGCAAAACCAUCGAAAAGGGGAUGAAGCCGAUGCAGGAGAAGACCGACUGGAUCGCCCCGUCCGUCUCCAUCGAGACGGCGAAGACCAUCUCGAAAACCAUCUCGAAAACGACGCGAUCCCUCGCCACAGCCGCCGAGAGAUCCGCAGACAAAUCCGAGACAACAGCUACGCGUGAUCGC